AUGGCUCCUACGUUCGAGAGACUCACCGAGAACCUCCACCUCGAUAUCCUCUCGCGCGUGCCCGCCAAAUCGCUCUGCCGCUUCAAAUGCGCCUCCAAGAUAUGGCUCCGCCUCGUGGACCACCCCGCCCACAGCACGAGGCUCCCCAAGUCCAUGGCCGGCUUCUUCUGCAACAGCACCAUCAGCGACGACGACGACGACGACGACGAGCGCGCUUCCCCGGAUCAGCUCUCCACUUCGUUGAUGCCUCCGCCGGAAGCGGCGCCCCUUUCAUCUACCCCUCAUCGUCCGCCAUACUGCCCGACCGCCGCCGCCUCCAUCUCCUCGACUGCUGCAACGGGCUCCUCCUCUGCCGCAGUGCUGCCGGACCGCGUCCAGGACGACAAGGUCGUGGGCACGGCGUGCCUGGGUUUCGAUCCGGCCGCGGCUCCCCACUUCCACGUGUUUCUCUUCUCGCUGGAUGCACGCCGCUUUAUCAGCGGAGUGGACGUGUACUCGUCUCAGACCGGCACAUGGACCUACAAGGUGAAGCGACGGGGCGAAACCCUUAGGCUCGCCGAUCAUCAGUCAGCCGUCUUCCUUAACGGCUACCUGCAUCUCUCCACUGCCUGCGCACAGCGGUACCCUAGUAUAUUAGCCGUGGACACCAAGGGAGAAGAAUGGCGUUACUUUGACACACCUUGCGAUAUGCAUGGCGGUGACGAGUUUCUUGGUUCUAUUCACCAGUCGCAGGGCCGCUUGCAUUACGCUAGCUUUAACACUACUGGUGACUGGGAUGAAGUGCAAAUUCAGCUGCAAGUUUACGCCCUUGACGACUAUGCAACCGACGAGUGGAUACUCAAGCAUACACUUGAGCUUUCAGAGACGGACGUUCAUGGAGGGAUAAUCGAGCGCAAGUUUGAUUGGAUUGAGAUGCAUCCAGAGAGUAACUUGAUCUUCUUCUGUGAGGAGUCGGAUAGUACAUUGAAGUGUUACAGCAUGCGAAGCCAAGAAGAGACCGAGCUCCGCACACUUGGAGAGGGCCAGCCACCAUAUCUCCCAUAUGUGCCCUUGUACACAAAUUAA